AUGGGGUCUGUCUCAAACUCUAACAAUGGAACAAAUGGCAAUUUCGACCACGAUGAUGAAUUCGUCGUGCCUCACAUGGACAUCUCCUGCUUGCAGAAUUCUUUUGCGUACCAGCGCGUUUUGGAAGAGCCCUGGACGUACAUUCACAAUUGGGACACCCUCACCGUUACUAUGCAACAGGCCGUAAUGCAGUCGUUCAUACAGGAGCUUCAGGAAAUCAAGACUGGCCUUGCUUACACUGAAGGUGUCUACGUAGGCGAGGCUGGGGAUACCGUUUCUCCACCACCACCGCCGCCACCCCACGAAGUCGUCCCUGACGAGCCGGCAUCAAUGGAUAGUCAAGAACAACCGGUGAGAACCAUGUGUCCCUGA